GGCGCGCCCCCCGCGACGCCCGAGCCCGAGCCCGAGCCCGAGCCCGAGCCCGAGCCCGAGCCCGAGCCCGAGCCCGAGCGCAGAGGCAUCCGAGCGGGAACCAGAGCAGGAGCAGGAGCGCGAGUGGGAGCCGGAGCCGGAGCCGGAGCCGGAGCCGGAGCCGGAGCCGGAGCCGGAGCCGGAGCCAGAGCUGGAGCCACAGCCGGAGCCAGAGCCGGAGCCGGAGCCAGAGCGGGAACCCGAGCCGGAGCCGAAGCUGGAGCCGGCACUGCGGCGCGCGGAGCGGAGCGAGGCGGCUAAGCCGAGUGAGCGGCGGAUCCUUCUUCACACGAAGUUAGGACUCUGCACGUGGGCAGGCUGGCUCCACUGUUCUGCUCCAAGGAUUACAUGUCCUUCAAACGUCCCUGUCCCUUAGCUCGGUACAACCGCACCAGCUAUUUCUACCCCACGUUCUCAGAGAGCUCGGAGCACAGCCACCUGCUCGUGUCUCCCGUACUGGUGGCAAGCGCAGUCAUAGGUGUGGUCAUCAUCCUCUCCUGUAUCACCAUCAUCGUGGGCAGUAUCCGCAGGGACCGGCAGGCCCGGCUCCAGCGUCACCGCCACCGCCACCGCCGCCACCACCACCACCACCACCGCCACCGCCGCCGUCACCAUCAAGAGUACGAGCAAGGAUACUUGUCCGACAGGCACACAUACAGCCGCUCGAGCCACAGGAUACGCUACACCUGCAGCCCCGCCGAGGACUGGUCCCCACCCUUGGAUCUCAGUUCUGAUGGGGAUGUGGACGCCACAGUGCUUCGAGAGAUGUACCCCGAUUCUCCACCAGGUUACGAGGAGUGUGUGGGGCCAGGGGCCACUCAGCUGUACGUCCCCACUGAUGCACCGCCGCCCUACUCGCUGACCGACUCGUACCCCGUGCUGGAUGGCGCCCUGAACACGGGCCCCGGCCCUGGCCCCGGCCCCGGCCCCGGCCGACCCCAGCAGGCACAGAGGAUCCUGGGCCACGGUGGCCUCCGCACCGUCUCCAUGGAUACCCUGCCCCCUUAUGAGGCUGUGUGUGGGGUCAGCCCCCCAUCGGGUCUGCUGCCGCUGCCGGGGCCAGAACCAGGGCCAAGGAGCUCCCAGGGCUCACCCGCCCCAACCCGGGCCCCGGCCUCUGGUCCCGAGAGGAUUCUGUGAGUGACCCAGCCAGCCAGGUCCUGCCGGUCCCUCGGGCUGAGCCACAAGGGCGUGCACGCACACACACACACACACACACAGGCUCACAAGGGCAUGCGCGCACACACAGAUACGCACACACACAUCCACACUAACACACCCAUGUGCACACACACAUCCACAUAUGCACCACACAUGUACAGACAUGUGAAUACACACAAGCCCCCCCACAUCCACACAAACCCCUCUGCUAAGGUUUCAUUAAAAAUGAAGCUCUCUUGACCUCCCGCCUCCUCCCCAGCCUGUUGGUUAUGCCCCUGCAGACAAUGCUGGGAGAAGACCGGCGGAGAGGGACAGGGCCUUGCUCUCCCUGGCCUGUUUGCCUCUGCCCUCGCCUGGCAGGCUGUGCCCAAACUCUAAGUCUGCCUCCAGAAACUGCUCGACCACCCCAGGGCGGCGUGCCCUCCUGGGCGGUGGGCCAGGCUUCAGCGAGGUUCAGCCACACACUGUACCUCUCCCUCAAUUCCAGGGCAGCCACAAUAUCACCACCCUGCCACUUAUGGGGCGAGGGACACGGGUCUGGGGGCCCAGGCGCAGCCUGCAGGCCCUCACCACUCCCCCCCACCCCCCCUCACCCAGUGCCCCCGGCCUUGUGGCGCUGGCGGGGUUAUUUUGGAGGCCCUCACCCCCAGCGACAGGUGAUGAGCAGAGUCCUGGGCGGGCAUGCGAUGGUGGUGGUGGUGGGUGACGGCUGUCCCCAUGUCUGUCCAACCACAGCCCAGGGCUGAGGGUCUUCAAAGAAGAGAAGGGUAGCUUGGGCACAGCUCUGAGGCAGAGACGCGGCCCCUCGCUAAGUGUGUGCCCAACUGACCAUCAGGGCCCGAGUUUUGGCUGCCAGCCCCCCCCCCCGGCCCCGGGUGGCAGAUCCUAGUUGGGAAUUGUGUGCCGACGCGUUCUGGCCCCUGCCCUCCAAGGCGCAGAGAUGAAAUACAGGGGAAGCGGGCCCCCUAAAUACUAGCAUACCACCACGAGAGGCUGGAUCUGGGCCUCACUGCCAGGGGCACCCCAGAAGGCAAUAUAUGGGUGUGCCUGCCUAGAGAGUGGCCCACAAAUCCCAGCAAUUUCCAUCAGAGACCAUGCAAGUAACAGAGCUGAUUUCCGAAGACCCAGCCUGCCAGAGGGUGGCAGCCGAACAUCUCUGUAGAGAGUCCCGCCAGCAUUGCCAAUGGCAGGGAGUGGGACCCUCAAGUCCGCCCUGCCUCCCCCCACCCCCCCAUCCUCUACCCCCCAUCUCCAUUCCUCUUAUGAAGGGCUAAGACAUUUCAGUAAUCCCUUUCUUGAGAAGAAGGGUGACAAGGAUGGCAAUCGUGAAUUUUAUUUUCUGUAGAAAUAGGAUUUCUUCUGGUGCAGAACUGAAAGGAAUCCGUGCAGAGGUUCUGUGGCAUCCCGGAGCACCCGACUCCACCAGGAAAGGGACCUUGUUUACAAGCAGUUCUGUCCGCCUCUGUGGUGUACUGUUUUCUAGGCAAAAAAUAUCUGUCUGUUGUACUGUAUAGCCUUUAAAUGCACUCCAGGGAUGAGACUCUUUUAAGAAAUGCAUCCUGCUUCUGCAACCCUAGAGAGUACUAGGGGAGAAAAGAUAAAAAUCCCUAAGUACUCAUCAGUGUUUGAGGGAUGGAGCUAAACAGCUUUUCUCGUUCCUGGAUUAAGCGCUAAAUAAGCAACAAUGUAUCUUUUCUGUGUUCAAAAUAAAUAUAUCGUAUCAAUAAAAAUGUUGCAAAAAUAACAGUCUCAAGGAGUGCAUGGGGUGAGGGGCUCGCGCCAUUGGACACUCGUUAAGUGUAAUAAAUAGCAGCAAACCGAAAAUGCCUGCCUUCUCUCAAGAUGAGCAGCCCCCAAAACCUUGUCGCUUCCCUGUUGACACCGCUAUUGGGGUAGUCAGGGACUUCCACGACUCACUUUUUUUCUUAAGCUCCCUGAAACACCGCAUCGUCUCUCUGAGCCGUGACCAGUGUAAAUGUCGCCAACAUGGGCCAUCAGG